AGGGACACUAUGUGAGUGUUGGGGGCUACCACUAACACUGCUUUCUUUCUACAAUCAAUACUGAUCUUCUUUUUCAAGUCCCUUUUCCAAACUCAUUUAGCACCACACUGUUUUUCAUAAUCUUCUACUACACAUGCUACAUUUUAUUUGUAUCACACUAAUUGAAGCAGACCUUUUAAUCACUCACUUUUCAUUCAAAUAUAGCUGCAUUUCCCUUCAUCUUCCACUUCCUCAUUUAUUUUCCUCACCAUUGGCUAUACUCUCUCUCUCUCUGCAAUGUCCAUAAUCCACGAGAAAUCUCCCAAACACUGCGCAGAGAAGCAAGCAACGAGAAUAUCCAACAGAUCAAAGAAGAAGGCAUUGAUCUACGCUUCGAUAUUCUUCCUCUCCCUCAUUCUCAUUCUCCUCCUCUGCUUCAUCCUCCACCCCACCAAUCCUCACUUGUCUCUCACACAAGCUAGCAUCAAUCACCUCAACUCCUCCAUUAACCUCACUCUCCUAUCCACCAAUCCAAACAAGAUCAUCGGAAUCUACUACAGUGGAUUCCUCAUACAUGCUUCCUACAACAGCCACGCCAUCACUCCCAACACUUGGAUUCCACCAUUCUUUCAAGAUCAUCAACAGACCAACCUUCUCAGCGCCUCGUUGCUCGCAAACGCAUCUCUGCCUCACCCGGUCGCCGGAAAAGUGCCCUUGGGUUUCACGGCCGCCGGCACCCUCAGGUGGAAAGUUGGGAUUUGGAUUUCGAGAAGAUAUAGAAUCAAUGUAGAUUGUAUGAGUGUUUUGCCCUUGACUCCAUUGAAUUCCAAACAAGCCGCACUUUGUUCUACUUCCAUUUGAAGACUUGAAUUCAUGAAUCGUCAUUGUCAUAUAUGGCUUUGCUUGUUUACCAACAAUAAGGCAUAAGCUUCUUCUUCUGCUUCUGCAUGCUUUUUUUUUCUUUUUCUUUUUCUUUUAUGAUUAAAUAUUGUCUAGAAAUCUGUAUUUAUAAAAUUACCAGUGAUUGUUGAUUAUAUAUCUCUACUUUAUCUUU